AUGUCGGGCCCCGAUCUGCCUCGUUCGUUGCUAGGCCGGAUAUCUGACGUCUUCCGGGGUUCGCCUUCUACAGGCUAUUCAACGGUUCCGGAACAAGCACCCGCCCAGGUUGCUGAACAAGGCCAUGCUGGGAAUUUGGUGGAAUCUGCACGCAGAGAUCCCGAUUGUAGGACUCGUCUCUUGCAAUCUUAUUAUCGUCGCGAACCCCUAUGCGGCUCAGGAUACUGCGACCAUGGCACAUUUUCCCCACGACCUGCCAGCAUUAAAUCAGAUGAAGGGUUUGCGUAUAAUGGGCAAAGAAGUUCGUUGGAUGAAGUAACUCAUGCUCGACUCUAUUCGCCGAAGAAUCCAGAGACCGCUUCCCAAUUGAAGUCUUCAUUUGAUGAAGAGGGGCCUUCGCCAAACAAUAGGGCCCAAUAUCUCUCAUACUAUGUUCCGUUUGUGAAUUGGAUCACCCAGUAUCGCUGGUCCUUUCUCCGCGGCGACAUAGUAGCUGCGUUCACGAUGGCAUCCAUUUACAUUCCAAUGGCUCUAUCUCUGUCUUCAAACCUAGCUCAUGCUCCACCCAUAAAUGGGCUUUAUUCAUUUGUAUUCUGUCCGUUUAUAUACGCCAUCCUAGGGAGCUCGCCGUUGCUGGUAGUGGGGCCAGAAGCUGCUGGGUCUCUGCUUGUCGGCACUAUUGUGAAAUCGAGUGUUCGUCAGGGGCAUUCGGAUGAAGAAGAUGAUGCCGCAAAUUCCGUUGUUGUGGGAGUAGCGACUGCCCUGGCGGGAUCAAUGGUAUUGGUAGCUGGCCUGAGUCGACUCGGAUUCCUGGAUAAUGUGCUAAGCCGGCCAUUUCUGAGGGGAUUUAUCACUGCCAUUGGUUUCGUGAUUUUUGUGGAUCAGCUCGUCACUCAAAUGGGCCUGACGCAAAGGGCGAAAGAGAUUGGAGGUAUACUUCAUGGAAGUACGGUGCAAAAGCUGGUUUUCAUUUUUGAAAAUGCACGUUACUCCCAUAGCCUUACUACUGCUGUAUCAUUUGGCAGCUUCGCCAUUAUUAUGGUGUUCCGGUAUCUGAAAAGAUUCCUCGAGCCGCGAUAUCCCCAAGUGGCCUAUUUCCCGGACCGAUUUCUGGUGGUGAUCUUUUCCGCUGUAUUGACGUGGAAGUUCGGCUGGGAUGCCAAGGGGUUGGGGAUUCUUGGUCCCAUGAAGGAUAGUGGCAACGGAGUCUUUGCGUUUGAGUGGCCGUUCAGCCACAUGAAGCAUUUGCGGACCGCGAUGAGUACUUCGUUUAGCAUUGCGCUCCUCGGGUUUUUCGAGUCGUCCGUCGCUGCCAAGGGUCUAGGCGAGGGCCGCAAAGAUGGCGUUAGAGGUAUGGGUGUCAGUGCUAACAGAGAAAUGGUGGCACUUGGCGUUUCGAACGUGGUGGGUGGUUGUUUUAUGGCCCUCCCUGCGUUUGGUGGAUACGGCAGAAGCAAGGUGAAUGCUUCAACAGGAGCACGAUCCCCUAUGAGCAGUAUCCUCUUAAGUAUAAUCACUUUCAUCUGCAUCAAGCUGUUCUUACCGUAUUUAUAUUAUCUUCCUAAAGCAGUCCUUUGCUCCAUGAUCUCUGUUGUCGCCAUCUCCCUUAUUGAGGAGUGUCCCGGGGAUUUGGCCUUCUUCGUCCGCAUUCGCGGAUGGACAGAGUUAACUCUUAUGUUCCUCAUUUUCACCUCCACUAUUUUCUAUUCCCUUGAACUCGGAAUUGCACUGGGGAUUGGUCUUUCUAUCCUGAUCCUUAUUCGCCAUUCCACGCAACCUCGAAUUCAGAUUCUAGGAAGAGUCUCCGGCACGCCUGACCAAUUCGAGAACGCAGAGCUUCACCCAGAUAGUGUGCAGUUGAUCGAGGGCGCGCUCAUCGCCAAAAUUCCCGAGCCUCUGACAUUUGCCAACACGGGUGACCUCAAGAACCGUCUUCGCCGGUUGGAAUUUUACGGCUCCAACCGAAUACAUCCUUCUGCCCCCCGCAUGCGUCCUCCGGAGCAUAAUAGGAACAUCAUCUUCGAUGUUCACGGAGUCACCAGCAUUGACGGUUCUGGGACGCAAGUUCUGUACGAGAUUGUGAAGGCGUACGUGGAUCAGGGGACGAGGGUCUUUUUCUGUCGGGUUCCCAAUACCGAAGUCCAAUGCAUGUUUGAGCGAAGCGGCAUAGUUGAAUGCUGUGGCGGUAUGACACACUUUGCUCGCAGUGUUGAUGAGGCCAUCCGACUUGCCGAAACCGAAGAUCGUGUUUUGGAAUAAUGAAGCUUCUCUCUUUGCCCGGUUGAUGAUUGACCAAUUUCAUGAAAAGCUGGCUCCCAGUGCCUUUCUACCAAGCCUCUAGCCUUUAUUUCACCGGUAUAUAUAUAGAUGAUGACUGUACGGAAGAUGGGCAUUCAUCGAUGCCAUCCAUGCAUAUUAGAUCACGAAUGUACGAAAUAUUUUUUCAGUCAAGUUCUCGAUCAAGCGUCAAGGCGUAAACUGCAUCUUCUAGCGUUCACCAGCAAUAGCCUUUGAUAUGGCAGCACGGAGCAAUCCUUCACUGGCUCGCAGAAUGAGCUGCUCCCUAUCUCUUACCUUUGAAGUGUCACCCGCCGAGUCAAGAUUUGUAGUAGCAACCAAUUUCAUUUUCCCUUCAGUUCCAAGAACAAAAG